AUGGAGCUGUCGCAGAUGUUAACGCAGGCGAUGUACACGAACGAGUCGUAUAUGAAGCAGAUACCGCAUUGCACACCUGCAUUGUUAGAGCGCUGCAAUGAGAAGAAAGUGUCGACGGUAUUCGAUCUGCUGGAUCUGGAGGACGACGUGCGCAGCGAGCUGCUGCAGAUGAACGCAGAGCAGAUGCUGAACGUGGCCAAGUUCUGUAAUAAUUACCCGAGUAUUGAGGUCGAGUACAGGAUCGAGAAUGACGGGACGGUUAAUAUAGGUGAUACCGUGAGUGUAUCGGUGGAGAUGGAUAGAGACAACGACCAGAACGGGAUGGCACCCCCGGUCAUAGCACCGUUAUUCCCGCAGAAGAGGAAGGAGGAGGGAUGGUGGCUGGUCAUUGGAGAUAGUGCAACCAACUCGUUGUUCUCGAUUAAGAGGUUGACGGUGCAUCAGAAGGCGAAGAUGACGUUGGACUUUACGGCGCAGAACGCGGGCAAAAUGAAUUAUAAAUUGUAUUUUAUUUGCGACUCGUAUUUGGGUGUCGACCAGGAAUUCGACCUGAAAUUCCGAGUGGAGGAGCCUGGAAGAAGCAGAAAGAGACCGCGAGAUGAGGAUUAA